AUGGAUAGCGAACUAAAAACGUUGAUUGCUGAGCGCGGUAUACUAAAGGCGUCACUCACGCGUUUAAAGCGGUUUUUCACGGAAUCGGCGGGUGUUACACCGAUAGGUGCGCUCCAGAAGCGCUUAGAUGCGAAUGUCGGAUUGUACGACAAUUUCAAUAAAAUACAAAAUAGGAUAGAGCUGUUAGUGUCGGGUACAGAUCUAGAAGGGGCACAUGAAACCUUCAGGGAAAAAUUCGAAGAGACGUAUUUCAAUUUAAUAGCCGAAAUCGAGUCGCACAUUCUGGCUUCACGUUCGUCUCAACGACAACAACCUUCUGCGAGUCCAGCGGUAACGGAUGGGUCGAAUCAAGUACACGUAAAAUUGCCGACAAUCCAAAUUCCACAUUUUGACGGGAAAUACAAUGACUGGAUCAAAUUUCGCGAUACGUUCAUGUCAUUAAUACAUGAAAAUGAGUCACUGUCGGACCUGCAGAAGUAUCACUAUUUAAAUUCGGUAUUGCAAGGCUCUGCAGCACGCGUCAUCGAAGCGUUAGGGAUAUCCGAGGCGAAUUAUAGGGUAGCCUGGGACGCGUUGGUGACACGAUACCAAGACUCGACGGCGUUAUUAAGGCACCACGUGCACGCCUUACUGGACAUUGCACCAGUUAAAAAAUUUUCCGCGAGCGCAUUGAGGGAUUAUCUGGAUGACGCGAAAAAUCAUUUACUGGCACUAAAAUCGCUGGGGGAGCCUGUCGAGAAAUGGGAUAAGCUAAUUGUUCCUUUACUAUCCAGAAAACUGGAUGUAGUUUCCGCCCGAGAAUGGGAAAAACGGGUAAUAUCUGCUGAAAAUAUUACGUUCAACCAUUUCGCGGAUUUUUUAGAGGAACGGUCGAAGUAUUUAGAAAAUACAACGACGCCAGCUCAGGUAGUGUCCGAAAGGGUCGAGCGACGGUUACAGCCCUCAGGUAGUAGAAGAUAUGAGAAGGUCACCGCGCACGUAGCUAGCACCUUUUCUCAGUGCUCAGCAUGUCAGGGCAGUCAUGCAUUAUAUAAAUGUGACAAAUUCAAAAAAUUAGAUAUACGGGGAAAAAGAGAUAUAGUUUUCAACCACCACAGAUGCUAUAAUUGCCUGGAAACAGGACACUUGGUACAAAAUUGCACUCGAAAGGGUUGCUCUAUUUGUGGUAGAAGACACCACACCUUACUGCACGAAGAUAAGUUUAAAUCCAUGCAAACCCAAAUCGUGAACAGUCAGGAGCAGCCAAUAGCGUCAACCUCUGCAACAUGUGUCGCAAACCUCGCGAGCGAUUCUAUAGACCAUACAGUACUAUCAACCGCCGUAGUACACAUUAAAGACAAGCAGGGCAAGAAACGGGAAUGUCGGGUGCUGUUAGAUUCAGGUUCUCAAACAAACUUCGUAACGACAGAAUUUUGUAGAAAAAUAGGUAUGGUUCCAACACCAAUUAAGACUACGGUUUCUGGUUUAGGGAGUACACCGAGUUUAAUUAAAGGAAAAAUAGAGUUAAACCUGUUCUCUAGGUGCAAUAAUUUCCAGUCAACUCUAUCAUGUUUAACAAUAGAUAGAAUAACGGACGAUAUGCCAAAUCUGCCUUUGAACAAAUCCAAAAUUCCAGUUCCUUCAAAUAUAACACUUGCCGACCCAUAUUUUAAUAAAUGCACAAAAAUCGAAGCACUUCUCGGGGCGAGCGUAUUCUGGAAACUCUUGUGUGUCGGACAACACAAGGCGGGGCCCGAGUUAAUUUGGCAAAAGACGCUACUCGGGUGGGUAUUAGGGGGAAGGUUGACCUGGCCGGUGGAAAAUAGGUCUACAUUGAACAGGUGUAACUUAGUAACCAACAUAGAGCUACUGGGACAGGUAGAAAGGUUUUGGAAAUUAGAGGAAACAGCCAUUCAGAAACCUGACCUGUUCAAUCCAUGCGAACGAAUGUUUACUGAAUCCACGCGUCGAGAUACAAGCGGCAGAUUCAUUGUCCGGGUACCGUUUCGCGAUAACAUUACCGAACUGGGAAGCUCACGGGAACAAGCUAAGCGCCGAUUAAUAUCGUUAGAGAAAAAAUUACUUAAACAACCGGAUUUGCACCGACAAUAUGUCCAGUUUAUGAAGGAGUACGAGGCUUUGGGACAUAUGUCUCGCAUUUCCGUCCCACAUGACGAAAAUGAACCCUCGUACUACCUUCCACAUCAUGCCGUUACCAAAGAAUCUAGUACGACAACGAAGGUCCGGGUCGUAUUCGAUGGGUCGGCGAAAUCGUCGUCAGGGUUAUCACUAAACGAGACGCAAUGGGUCGGGCCAACGGUGCAACGCGAUUUGUUUUCGAUACUGGUCCGGUUUAGGCAGCAUCGCUACGUUCUAUCGGCCGAUAUAGAAAAAAUGUACCGGCAGAUUGUAAUCGAUGCGAAAGAUAGGAAAUUUCAAAGAAUUCUAUGGCGUUCCGAUCAAGAGUCGCCAAUAGAAACGUUCGAACUAAAUACAGUGACAUAUGGUACAGCAUCGGCACCCAUUUUUAGCGACACGGAUGACCUGUUGACUGGAGCCCAAACUAUUUCGGAAAUCAAACGUAUAAGAGAGGAAAUUUCAACGGUUCUAGCGCAGGCCGGGCUUCAUCUACGGAAAUGGACAACGAAUUGUCCAGCGAUCGUUGCUAAUCUAGAUGCGUCAUCAAGCAAAGAUCUUAGCGCGGAUAAAGAUUCGAAAACUCUCGGUGUGCAAUGGUCAUCCGCAAGGGACGUACUUAGGUUUACGGUUAGGUCAACGCAGGAGAAACGCGUGACAAAGCGACUCAUAUUGUCAGAGAUUGCGCAAAUAUUUGAUCCCUUAGGAUUGAUUGGGCCAAUAAUUACGAGAGCAAAAUUAAUCAUGCAGAAAUUAUGGCAAAUCCAGGCAGGCUGGGAUGAAGCAGUUCCACAAGAACUGCACACCCAAUGGUUAGAAUAUCGAUGCGAAUUACAUGAAUUAACCGAAUUAAGCAUUCCGCGCUGGGUAGCAAUUGAGAAUCUUACAAGGGCAGAGUUACACGGGUUUUCAGACGCCUCGGAAAAGGCGUACGGGGCCUGCAUAUACUUACGGUCAAGGGGCGCUUCAGGUCAAUGGGAAGUAAAGCUCAUUUGUGCCAAAUCAAGGGUCGCGCCUCUACGGGCUACCAGCCUUCCACGGUUGGAAUUAUGUGGGGCACUUUUAUUGGCCCAAUUAAUGAAUAAGGUGAAACAAGCACUGACUGUUCCGAUUAGCGAAAUAGAGUAUUGGUCGGAUUCCACUAUUUCGAUUUCAUGGAUUCAAAGUCCUUCGAGUAGGUGGAAAACGUUCGUGGCGAAUAGAGUCGCAGAGAUCCAGGAACUAACGAACGGUUCUACCUGGAGCCACGUAAAGUCCCACGAUAAUCCCGCAGACCUGAUCUCGCGUGGGGUAGAUGCCGCAACAUUAGCCAAUAAUAACCAGUGGUGGUCAGGUCCUUCUUGGCUUUCAAGGGAUCGAGAACAUUGGUCUCCGUCAAUAAUCGAGUCGUUUGAUAUACCGGAGGAAAGGGGGGUAAAGCAGGUUUGCACUGCUUCAGUAAGGAAUACCUUUGACAUAUUUAGUAAAUUUUCUAGCUAUUCGCGAUUGCUUAGAGUAACAGCUUACUGCCUGAGGUUUGUAACAAGGUUGCGCAAAAAUACAGAGGAUAAUAAUGCAGAUUAUAAGGACAUUACAUUAACAAUAGUAGAAAUACGUCGAGCUGAGGAAACUCUAAUUAAAAUGGCACAACUGGAGAUAUUUUCAAGGGAACUAUCCGCGUUACGAAGCAGCCAACCAGUGUCCAGGUUUAAGUCUCAGAGCACGCAAUAUUUAAUGGGUGAUUUACCUGCGGCUCGAGUGACACCCGCUCGACCGUUCUCUACCUGCGGCAUUGAUUACGCGGGCCCCUUCUUAACAAAGGACAGAACUCGAAGUAAGGUAACCACGAAAGCGUAUUUAUGUAUCUUCGUAUGCUUUGCAACCAAGGCCGCACAUUUAGAGUUAGCCACUGAUUUGACCACUCAGGCAUUCCUCAAUUGUCUAAGACGAUUCAUUGCGCGUAGGGGACGAUGUCAAUGCAUCGUUAGCGAUAACGGUACAAACUUCAUAGGGGCAAGAAAUGAAUUGAAGGAUUUAAGGGUAUUGGUAAAGAGCAAUGAUCAUAAUCGUCAGAUUUCAAAUUUUUUAAGCUCGGAGCGAAUAGAAUGGCGAUUAAUUCCGCCGCAUGCACCACAUUUUGGAGGGCUAUGGGAAAGUGGAGUCAAAUCCGCGAAAUAUCAUCUAAGGCGAAUAAUCGGCGAACAACGUCUAACAUUCGAGGAGUUAUACACGCUGUUAACGCAAGUCGAAUCGUGUUUGAAUUCCCGACCUCUCAGUCCCAUAUCCUCCGAUCCCUCUGAUUUGAAUCCCUUAACCCCAGGCCACUUCCUAAUCGGCGAUGCACUAACUGCCCUGCCGGAGCAGGACAUUACGGAUGUCAACAGUCACCGAUUAGGAAGAUACCAAUUAAUUCAGCAGAUGUUUCAGAACUUCUGGAAACGCUGGCAAAGAGAAUACCUGCACCAACUGCAGCAGCGUACGAAGUGGCGUACGCCUGCAUCAAAGAAUUUAUCACUAGGUACGAUGGUUCUCAUCAAAGAAAACCAUCUACCCCCACUUCGCUGGAGUCUGGGAAGAGUCACACAGCUCCAUCAGGGCACGGAUGGCGGUUUACGGGUGGUGUCGGUUAAAACUGCCGAUGGAAUUUUCAAGAGGCCAGUAAGCAAACUAUGCAUCCUACCAAUGGAUGAGCCAGAGAUUGAAGGGUCCAUGGGCAAGGGUGCAGUCAAGGGACAACAGCUAAAUCACGGAUCUAGUUCAUAA